AUGGCCCAAAGGCCUGUGGGAGAGCCGAGGCUACCCAGGCUACCUCUCUACGCCGCGCUUAUCUGCUGGUGGUCCUGUGGACUGCAGUCUUGCGUGCGGAGGCCCGGGACGUUGAGUGUCAGCCCUGAGUGGAACAUGUGCAGCCCCAGCAAGCCAAGAUCAAGCCGGCUUGCGGUGGCACGUGCCUGGCACAUGCGAGCCGCACGCGUAAGAGUUCACUCGAGGGCCAAGGCUAAGGCUGAGCUCCUGGUGGACGGGGAUCAGCGUGGCAUCGAGGCAGCCAAAGAGGCCAUCGAUCAGUUGCAAACUUCGGGUUGGGAGGCCCACACCACAGUUUUUGCGGAGCCCGGGAGAGUGGCAAACAAGAAGUGGAAGGCCUUCUUUCAAGAGCCUGAUGUGUCUUUCGUACCUGUGCCUCGUAGCGCAGCUGGUGAGGCAAGCGAUGUGGCUAUAGAGAGAAAGUUAAGAGACUUGGCCCAGUCAAUGGAUGAUGUGUGUGUAGCACUGCUGACAGCAGACACUGACUUCGUUGACGCUUUAGUGAAUGUGACUGCUUGCGGCAAGGAGGUACUAGUGUUUAUACCCCAAGCGACAAGGUGGAGCGCCGGAACUUACCGAAGGGCUGGUGUGCAAGUGCAGCUGGUGCGUGAUCAGCACAAGUUUGAUAGGCCCGGGCCCAAGGUCAGGGCUGUCUUGUGUGAGGAUGGACAUGGUACCGUGCAGUUUGCUGGGUCAUGGAAGCAUCCUGAUCACGAAACUUCUCCAGAGCUCCUUCAGCUGCUACAAGAUUUGGGCUACUACGACCAGGGAGGGUACUUUGCACCAUCCAUUGCCAAAUUCGGUUUCGUGAACAAUCUGACUCCGCUUACCGUUUUCCCGGCGCAAUGCGGAUGCCAAGAACUGCACCGGUAUGCCAUACAGAGCCCUGGCCGGCCACGAUCUUGGAAGCCAUACAGGACUAAACUGGGGUUCUUCCUUCCCGUCAGCUCUCCCCGCAGCGCUACGCGCGAGAAGUUAAGGAAGUAUGGAAGCAUGCUUUCUAACCAAGUUUACAACGGAGGAGGCCCUUUCCUAAUCAAGGACUCUGCUGAUAUGGUGGCAAGAGCCUUGCGCAAAAUGGGGUACUUAGACGAUGACUUCAAUGCAGAUCUUCCCGAGGCCAUGUUGGUGUUUGCAAACAUGCCCCAGAACAAGCGCAGACUACGUAAAGAGUGCUGCGCACAACCCGCCCCCACUGACACUGCCUCGGACGUGAAUCGCAAGCUGAGAGGAGCGUUUCUGUCAGCUGCAACUGACGGCAAAUGGCGCAUUGCACCCAAGGAUGCUGCAGUGCGACGAGAGCUUUUCAAGCAGGGCUUCCUGACCGAAGUGGCUGCGCCGCAAGUUGCUGUGCAGAAGGCCAUGAAGGCUUUUUCACGAAGUCGACACCUUCAGGAGAUGCGCAGCUACAAUGGAUAUGUCUUUCAAAUUCAGCGUUACAUGACCCCGUCUGACCCUUCGCGAACUGGAAUGGUUGAGUUUAGGACGUAG